AUGUCAAUUGAAGAACUAAACAAAAGAGUUGAUGAGCUCACAGACCUCGUGAAGAGGCAGAGUGAAGUUAUCGCCAAGACAGGGAAACAGAUGAUGGAAUACCAGGUGAAAGACGUGAAGGCGAGAAUGGCGUCUUUGAAUUCGGAGCAGCCUAAGAUCGAUACAGACGAGUUCGCAACGAAUGACGAUUUGGUACAAUUGGUGACUGAGCUACAGGGACAAUUGGAUUACUUAGAGGACCGGAACGUCAAGAGAGUGUACAACUCCCACAUUGCUACGGACGCGGAUUCGUCUACACCGAUUGCUCCUUUAACGAACAAGGACGGAGAACACCCACCAGAUUUUUACCCAAAGACUCUUGGAGAAUUGAGGGAUAUUGAUGCUGCGUCGCUUUUGCAAUUGUGUGAAUUCUUUGAGUUGAUAGUGGAAAAUAAUAAUCCUGAGGACAUUGCCGAGCUCAUGAAGCUGGAAAAACUCAGCAAAGAGGAAUUGGACAGAUUGAUCAAUCCCAAGCCUAAAACGCUUGAAGAGAAGUUGAAGGGGUUGAAGAAGGAGGACGAGGUGGAGUUGUUUGACGAGCUUGCACGUUUCCUUGGUGUGCGCAUCAGAAGAGGCAAUGGCUGGUAG